GGAGAAGUAGAGAUGAGUAAAUCAAGCUGGUCUGUUGGCCUCUGCAGCUUCGGUGAUGGUUUAGGAACAUGUUGCUUAACGUGGUGCCUUCCUUGUGUCACCUUCGGACGCAUAGCGGAGGUUGUGGACGACGGCCAGACAUCCUGCACAGCUGCCUGCUGCAUUUAUGCGCUGCUGAUGUCCGUUCAAUGCCAGUGUCUUUAUUCAUGCGCAUAUAGGAAGAAGAUGAGGUCCAAAUAUGGGUUGGAAUCUGAGCCGUGUAGCGAUUGCUGUGUCCAUAUGUUCUGCGAGCCUUGUGCUCUUUGCCAAGAGUAUGCUGAACUGAAGAACAGAGGGCUUGACCCUUCGAAAGGAUUUACUGGUGCUCCGACUGCUGCUCCAACGCAACCGGCCAUGUACAAAUGAAGUGCUUUAUGAUGGAGAUGAAUGAAUUUGCGAGCA